GUUCCUUGCAUGCUUGCCAACCUCCUAGUUUACCAAUGUUUGGAAGUAAUUAAUUGCAUACUUAUAUGUUUAAUAUUACAACUAUUACACUACUACCCAUUUUUAUCAUUAGACAUAGCAUAUAAUCAGUGUAGACUGCAGAAGUCAGUUUCUUUUAUAUUUUUCCGAUUUAUUAUAGGUAAAAUGAGCUUCAAGGGUUCUCCGUCAACCAUGAUCAAUACACUUAUUAACCGAGAUGACAGCAUAACACCAGCUGUUGUCGAACCACGACUCCGGGCGUAUUUGAGACUACCGAAACUUAAUUUUAACUUCAGCCGAUAUAGGUCAAAGUACUAUCGACGUCUCAAGAAAUACAAACUGGAGUGGAAGAAGCAUAUAGAAGAAUUGUAUUCCAAAUCUCGUGAAAUUGAACCGCAGCCAGAAAUUACGCCAGGAAACAUGGUUACUCCCCAACAACUUGUCGUUCCAGUUGAUGUUCCUUGUGAUACCAAUGCAUCUCCACCGUCAUUGGAGGAACACUUAACGGCUGAACAACUGCCUGCAACUGAGAAAGCUAACCGCAGCGAGUGCACUGCAGUUGAUGCCAUUCGCAACAUUGUCUACCGAUGCAAGCUGAAUAUGGCAAAUACUCGUAUUAUGCUGGAAGAACUUAAGUCCCUGCAUCCUGAGUUGCCGACUGACCCUCGAACAUUAAUGAGGCCGUAGUGUAUAAUAGUAACUUAGGGCGCACUGCAGACUAUUUGGAGCAGACUUCGGGUCAAAUACUCAAAAUCUGCAAUGCGCCCGAAGAAAAUGCCAGCUUAAGAUGGCAAUUUCGCCUACAUCAAUAGUGAAGUGAAGACGCAGUUAUUUCCCCCGAAGCCAGGAUGUUGAAUGCCGUUAUCUGCUCACAGAUUGUUCUUUGACGGAAAAUGGGCUUGUGACGCAUUGCGCAGCUUGUGAGACUGAAGAACUCCGUUUGUAUGUGUAAUGUAUAAUGCGUUCCGAGUUUCUUCGUUCAAGAAGAGAAAACAGAACAUUGGUUAUAUACACAAGUAUUGUUUUCGUUACAUUCUCUCCGUUGCUGAUCGGUUGCGAUAAUUGUUGUUCGUAUCCUUUGGAGGUUGUCGGAGAAUGACAAACUCUCCCAACUAGUUUAUCAGGCCUACAGUGGAGCAGAAUCUCGACGUUUAGAAUAUAUUGUUAGUCUGGUGGACAAUGGAUCAAAUCUUAUGGUCAUUUCACUUCUUAGCAGACGUUAGUGAUACGACAUUCCUGCUGGAAACUAACGACGUUGGUGAGAAUGGCUUCUGUUUGAUAAAGCUGGCAAUUUCGCCUACAGCUAUAGAGAAGUGAAGACGCAGUUAUUUCCCCCGAAGCCAGGAUGUUGAAUGCCGUUAUCUGCUCACAGGUAUGUCUCGCGCUCUUUCAAUAUGAUGACUUAUUUUUCGUCUCUGAUAUCGUAUGAGGCGACCUCUACCUGAAUUUUGAGAAAUAUACAGUAUUAACAUGCUCUAACGAAGACUGUAUUCUUUUUCAGAUUGUUCUUUGACGGAAAAUGGGCUUGUAGCGCAUUGUAGAGACACUGAAACUGAACCCCGUGUGUAUUUUGACGAAGCGCAAUAUAAAAUUUCGCUUUUAUUAUGUAAACUUGUAUAGAUACAUUAAUUUAAAAGA